AUGGGAGAUCCAGGGUCGGAGGUAAUAGAAUGUGUCCCUCUAGCUGGGCCUGAGGCGUCCGAGUCAACACCAGAGGAAGAUGAAGAUGACAUUCAGUUUGUUAGUGAAGGACCGUUAAGACCUGUCCUGGAAUACAUUGAUCUGGUCAGCAGUGAUGAAGAGCCUAGCGCCUCUCAGAGUGAGAGGGUGCCUGAGUCUCAGGUGCCAUCCUCUGAGAGGCAUCGCCCAGAAAUGUGCUCCAGCUGCAGUGUUCCUCUUCCCAGUGGAGACGGCAGCUCCACCUGUGGGAUUUGCACCAGCAGUCCACAAAGGAUAGUAUCUAAACCUUCUUCUGUUGAGAACCCAUUGGAGAACCAGAAAAAUGAUCAAAGUAAUUCAGAUAUUAAGAUCUCUGAGACAGAGACACUUAAGCCAUCACAAAAUUGCCAGAUUUUGCCUUCAUCUCCACUUCUGGUCCCCCAAGAAUCUUUGGCCUCUUCAGAGGUAAAGGAGGGUUUAGCUGUAGAGUCUUCUGCUUCACAGCACGGACAGGAUGUCAUCCUCUAUCUCCAGAAGCAAGUGGCUGAGAUGUCCCGAGUGAUAUGUGAUCUGCAGUCCAGGAGCUGUUUCCAAUUUCACCAUUCUAGGCCAAGUGAGAACUCUUCGGUUCCUUGUGACAUCUCUAUCUCCAAGGAAGAACAUUUAUCCACAGUUGAUGAAGCUGACCGCAAAUCCCCCUCAGCCGAUGACAAAGGGCAGCCAGCUGACCCUAGUCAGUCUAGUUUCACAGCGCUUUUGAAGAGAAUGGAACAAAGAGGGGUUAUCAAGAGAGUCACGUUACAGUCCCAAGCAGAACCGUGUGAAAGGAAACCUGAUUGUGUGACGUCUAAGAAAUGUUUGGUCCCUCCACUGCAUCCUCUUCUGAGAAUUGCCACCACUGACGUUUUCAAAGACCCUGCCGAUUGCCAUCCUUCCUCCUUCAUGAGACACAGGGUAUAUCCUGUAGCCAAGGAUACCUCUCCUUUCCAACCGAAUCCACCAGCCGGGGGCCCCAUCGUAGAAGCGUUAGAGCACAGCAAGAGAGGAAGCACGACAUCACCUCUGGAUUCUACCUCAAAAGAGAUGGAAGUCAUGGGUUGUAGAUUCUACCAUGCUGCUUCCAUUGCAGCCCGAGCUGCUAGCUACAUGGCCUAUAUGACUCAGUAUCAGCGUAAACUCUGGGAAGACAUGGAGGAUCUGGUCUGUGACCCAGAGUUUGAUCGUGGAAAAGCAAGAUGUAUAAUAUCUGAUGGUAUGGAUGCAGACCUUUGGCAGCUUUGUACUACUAGGGACAUAAUGGACUCUGUGGUGAGAGUUAUGGCCAUGGCAAUAGACUACAGAAGGCAUGCUUGGCUUCGACUCACAUCUCUCCCUAAGAAAACCAAAGAGAAGAUCUCACACUUGCCCUUUGAUGGUACUUCUCUCUUUGGACAAGAUGUGAAUGCUGUAGUUGCAGAAGAAAACAGUAUAAAAGAAAAUGACCGUAAAGACCACAACAAACACUAUAACCAACAUCGAUACUUCUAUAGUCAUGACCAGAAAGCACGUUAUCACAGUAGAGGAUACUCCAGAGGGGAUUGGUACAAACACCGAAACCACCCCUAUAGAUACAGGAAAAAGGGAGAAUCUCCAGAACGCCAUGGGUAUAAGAAUUAG